AUGGCCUCUCUCCCAACAGCCGCCAGCUGGACAGACGGCGCUGGAGGCGUGGGUACGGACUCGCGGAACCUGAGUGCCGCGCUCGCCGCAGGCGCGGCUGCCGGGGCGGCUGAGGCUGACUGGCUGCAAAUGCUGCUCCAAACCGGCAACCUCUCCUGCCCCUGCCCCUCAGCGCCCGGACUGCCCGCGGCUUCCCCCGCACCCUCCCAGCCCCGGGCCAACCUCACCAACCAGUUUGUGCAGCCGUCCUGGCGCAUCGCUCUCUGGUCCCUGGCCUAUGGCGUGGUGGUGGCCGUGGCCGUCUUCGGAAAUCUCAUCGUCAUCUGGAUCAUCCUGGCCCACAAGCGCAUGAGGACCGUCACCAACUACUUCCUCGUGAAUCUGGCUUUCGCCGACGCCUCUAUGGCCGCCUUCAACACGUUGGUCAACUUCAUCUACGCGCUGCACAGCGAGUGGUACUUCGGUGCCAACUACUGCCGCUUCCAGAACUUUUUUCCUAUCACAGCCGUGUUCGCCAGCAUCUACUCUAUGACGGCCAUUGCAGUGGACAGGUAUAUGGCCAUUAUUGAUCCCUUGAAACCCAGACUGUCUGCCACAGCUACCAAGAUUGUCAUUGGAAGUAUCUGGAUUCUAGCAUUUCUCCUUGCAUUCCCUCAGUGUCUUUACUCCAAAACCAAAGUCAUGCCGGGCCGUACUCUUUGCUAUGUGCAAUGGCCGGAAGGUCCCAAACAACAUUUCACUUACCAUAUUAUUGUCAUUAUACUGGUGUACUGUUUCCCAUUGCUUAUCAUGGGUAUCACAUACACCAUUGUCGGAAUUACUCUCUGGGGAGGAGAGAUCCCAGGAGACACAUGCGACAGGUAUCAUGAGCAGCUAAAGGCUAAAAGAAAGGUUGUGAAAAUGAUGAUUAUUGUCGUGGUGAUAUUUGCCAUCUGUUGGCUGCCCUAUCAUAUUUACUUCAUCCUCACUGCAAUCUAUCAACAAUUAAAUAGGUGGAAAUACAUCCAGCAGGUCUACCUGGCUAGCUUUUGGCUGGCAAUGAGCUCAACCAUGUACAAUCCCAUCAUCUAUUGCUGUCUGAAUAAGAGAUUUCGAGCUGGCUUCAAGAGAGCAUUUCGCUGGUGUCCUUUCGUCGAAGUUUCCAGCUACGACGAGCUGGAGCUCAAGACCACCAGGUUUCACCCGACUCGGCAAAGCAGCCUGUACACCGUGACCCGGAUGGAGUCCGUGACGGUGGUGUGUGACCCCAGGGACGCGGGCCCUGCCAAAUGCAGUCGGAAGAAGAGAACCACGCCAAGAGAACCAAGCUUCGAUGGCGGCUCCCACAGCAAUUCCAAAUCUGCCUCCACCACUUCCAGUUUCAUAAACUCACCCUAUACCUCUGUGGAUGAAUAUUCUUAA